GCAACAACCAACUCAUCGGAGCUACUGAAAGCAAGAGAGUAACAAACAACAACAACACAAGAAACCAUGGCUGCUAAGAACAACGGAGCUUCUGUGGGCAUUGACCUCGGAACGACGUACUCGUGCGUCGGCGUGUGGCGCAACGAUCGUGUGGAGAUUAUCGCCAACGACCAGGGUAACCGGACGACGCCGUCGUAUGUGGCGUUUACCGACUCUGAGCGGCUGAUCGGCGACGCUGCCAAGCUGCAGACGGCGAUGAACCCGCGCAACACGGUGUUCGACGCCAAGCGGCUCAUUGGGCGCGAGUACUCGGACCCGGCGGUGCAGUCUGACAAGGCGCACUGGCCGUUUGCGGUUGUGGAUAAGGCGGGCAAGCCGAUGAUCCAGGUCGAGUACCAGGGCGAGAGCAAGACGUUCUCGCCGGAGGAGAUCUCGUCGAUGGUGCUGACCAAGAUGAAGCAGGUGGCGGAGGCGUACCUCGGGACGGACGUGGGCAACGCGGUCAUCACGGUGCCUGCGUACUUUAACGACUCGCAGCGUCAGGCGACCAAGGACGCCGGCACCAUUGCCGGCCUCAACGUCCUGCGCAUCAUUAACGAGCCGACGGCGGCCGCGAUCGCGUACGGCCUCGACCAGAAGGGCGGCGAGAAGAACGUGCUCAUCUUUGAUCUGGGUGGCGGUACCUUUGACGUUUCCGUCCUCACCAUCGAGGACGGCAUCUUUGAGGUCAAGUCGACUGCCGGUGACACCCACCUUGGCGGCGAGGACUUUGACAACCGCCUUGUCGACCACUUUGUGCGUGAGUUCAAGCGCAAGCACAAGAAGGACAUCUCGGGCAACGUCCGCGCGAUGCGCCGGCUCCGCACGGCGUGCGAGCGCGCGAAGCGCACGCUCUCGUCGUCGACCAACGCGUCGAUCGAGAUUGACUCGCUCUUUGAGGGCAUCGACUUUUACACCUCGAUCACCCGGGCUCGGUUUGAGGAGCUCAACCAGGACCUCUUCCGCAAGUGCCUCGAGCCUGUGGAGCGCGCCAUCUCGGACUCGGGCCUGUCCAAGUCUGAGAUCCACGAGAUUGUGCUCGUGGGUGGCUCGACCCGCAUCCCGCGGGUCCAGAAGCUGCUCUCGGACUACUUCUCGGGCAAGGAGCCGUGCAAGUCGAUCAACCCGGAUGAGGCCGUUGCCUACGGUGCCGCCGUCCAGGCCGCCAUUCUCUCGGGCGACCACGACGAUACCGGCAAGCUCAACGACCUGCUCCUCCUCGACGUCACGCCGCUCUCGCUUGGCCUGGAGACCGCCGGUGGCGUGAUGACCAAGCUCAUCCCGCGCAACACGACGAUCCCGACCAAGAAGACCCAGACGUUCUCGACGUACUCGGACAACCAGCCUGGUGUCCUCAUCCAGGUGUUUGAGGGCGAGCGGGCGCAGACCAAGGACAACAACCUGCUCGGCAAGUUCGAGCUGACCGGCAUCCCGCCGAUGCCGCGCGGCCAGCCGCAGAUCGAGGUUGUCUUUGACAUUGACGCCAACGGCAUCCUCAACGUGUCGGCCCAGGAGAAGUCGACCGGCAACAUCAACAAGAUCCAGAUCAAGAACGAGUCUGGCCGCCUCUCCAAGGAGGAGAUCGAGCGCAUGGUCUCCGAGGCCGAAAAGUACGCGGCCGACGACGAGAAGGUCCGCCAGAAGGUCGAGGCGCGCAACGGUCUCGAGAACUACGCGUACUCGCUCCGCUCCACCCUCCGCGACGACAAGCUCUCCAUCCCCGAGGCCGACAAGACCACGCUCAACGCCAAGAUCGACGAGGUCAUCUCGUGGCUCGACUCGAACCAGGAGGCCGAGAAGGAGGAGUUCGAGCAUCAGCAGAAGGAUCUCGAGGGCGUCGCCAACCCGAUCAUCCAGAAGGCUGCCCAGGCUGCUGGUGCCGCCGGCGGUGCUCCGGGCGGCAUGCCGGGCGGCAUGCCUGGUGGCAUGCCCGGCGGCAUGCCGACGGGCGGUGCCGCUGCUCCGGGCGGAUCUGGCGAGCCGACCAUCGAGGAGAUCGACUGAGGUAAAUGAUACCACC